AUGGCACAACCGCAAGUAAAAUCUGCCAAGUCCUCGAAGCGUGGUGGUCUACGGGACAUUAUUGUUGGUGGCAAGUAUCGGCUUUUGAGUCCAAUUGGGAGCGGAUCCUUUGGGGAGCUAUAUCGUGCCUCUGGCCUACACUGCGGCGAAGAAGUGGCUGUUAAGCUGGAGAGCAGUUCAGUCAAGUAUCCACAGCUGCCGCGUGAAGCCAAGAUAUACAAUAUACUUAGAGGCGGCGUUGGCUUCCCGCACAUUCGUUACUUCGGCACCGAGGGCAUCUAUAAUGUGCUGGUGUUGGACUUAUUGGGUCCUACCUUGGAAGAUCUGCUUAACUUUUGCGCGCGAAACUUUAGUCUAAAGACGACCCUAAUGCUGGCGGAUCAAAUUCUGGCCCGCGUGGAAUAUUUGCAUAUGAAUUGUCUGUUGCAUCGCGACAUCAAGCCCGAGAACUUUCUAAUGGGCUUGGGCAGUCAGCGAACUCGUGUUUUCAUGAUUGAUUUUGGCCUAGCCAAAAGAUAUUAUCGCCCGAGCACCCGUACACAUAUCAACUACUAUGAACGCCACGAGCUCAUAGGCACUGCUCGAUACGCCUCUGUGCAUGCCCAUUACGCGGAACAGGGGAGACGAGAUGAUCUGGAGUCCGUUGGUUAUCUGUUGCUCUACUUUUUGCGUGGUCGCCUGCCUUGGCAGGGUAUCAAUGCUGCCACGCGAAUUCAGAAGUAUGAGAAAAUCGCCGAGAGCAAGUCAACGCUGCCAUUAAAUAUACUUUGUUCCGGUGUGCCCACCGAAUUUUACAUAUGGCUCAUAGUAAACGCAUAUUGGCGCAGCAACAUGGAAAAGAUCGAAAUCAAAAAAAGGUGA